CUAGGACGCUCUUAUCCACUUAUCUUGUAUUUGUCAGUGAUAAAGCGCCGGAACGUUAGGCGAUGAUACACGGGUACCUGUCGACGUUCCCGAUCGACUAAUUACGUUCUCGUCGCGUCGCAUCGUUCCCGAAAUAGCUGUCUCCCUUACGUGAAUUGGGGAAGCGUUAAUUCGCAACGGAGGAUAUCUUCCGCAGGACGCAAGGAGAUGGUCGUCAAGAGUUCCGGACCGCUUCUCGAGAAGCAGAUCGGCUGCAUUAAGUUCACGAUUUUCUGCUUGAACGCGAUAAUAUGGAUCCUGGGCUGUGCGAUGUUCGGACUGUCGAUCUGGAUGCGGUUCGAGCCGACGCUCGAGGAGUGGGUGGAGUUCCUGAAUAUGUACGAGAUCUACAUCGGGGUUUACUUGCUGAUCGCCGCCUCGGUGCUCGUCAUGGCCAUCGCCUUCAUCGGCUGCGCCGCCGCGCUUAUGGAACACAUCAUGAUUUUAUACGCCCACGUGGGUCUUCAAGCGUUCAGUUUCAUUUGCUGUCUAUCCGGAGCGGCGGUCAUUCUUGAUUAUUCGACGUACGACAGUAAGAUUCAGCCUAUCAUCGAACGGGCCAUGUACAAUCUUAUCAGCAACUCCCAUCACGACUCGGCGAGCUUCAUUCUGCGAGUAAUCCAAGAAACCGUCGGAUGCUGCGGAGCCGACGGACCCAGAGAUUAUACGCAGUUGCGUAAACCAUUGCCCACCGAGUGUCGGGAUACCGUCACCGGAAACGCCUUCCAUCACGGCUGUGUGGAGGAAUUGUCUUGGUUUCUGGAGGCGAGAUCGGGAUGGCUUGCCGGUCUGGCGAUGGCAUUGUGCAUGCUUCACGUGAUCAUAGCGGUGCUGUCGCUGACACUGAUACGAGCGAUCAAGAAAGAAGAGGAAUCCAUAACGUUCAAGCGCUAGACAUCAAUUCGUCAUCUAACGAUGUGCAACAGUGACAUAUUAUAAUUAGUGUAAUUAUAAUUCUUUUUAUAAAAAAGAAACAAAGGAAGUUAUAAAGUCUAUAUGUUUCUAAAUCGCGAAUUUUGCGAGUUAUAUAUCAUUCUAAGGGCCGGUUGUUUCAACUUGUUGGUCAGCUAACUAAUAGUUAAAUCAUAUGUCCAUCUUUGUCUAAUGUAAUUGAUAAACAAAGACAUAUAUAUGAUUUAACUAUUAGGAAGUUUACCAACAGGUUGGAACAACCGGCCCUAAGAGUGACAUCAAUCGUCAGUAGGGAUAUGCAAUAAGUAGUUUUGCGCUCGUAUCUUUUCAUUUCUGAAGCUUUCAAUUUUCAAACAUAAAAAUUUGUCUUCUUUUUCGAAUAAAUCCUCAAUUCAAAGUUGGAUUCAGAUUCAAAAUAACUCGCAUAUUCCUACCACUGUUUUAUAAGGAACUAAAUUACGUUUUAAUUAUCGCUAAUUCACGACAGACAUUCAUGCGUUUCACUUUAAAAUUGAGUACAUCCAAUUUGUGUGUUCUUCCAUUAUAACAUUUUUUUUAGUUUUGUACAUCAUUUCUAUUCUCUUGCAUGAUUUAUAUUUAUAAAUUAAUGGUCAUUUUUAGGAAAAGCCAUUUUUAAAUAGAUUUACAUGGAAAACAGAGAGAAUAUAUAAAUAAAUUAAGUUGCUAUCUAUAAUAAUUAUUGAAUGAAUACUAAUAAUCGAACGACAAUUGCUAAAAAUGAGAUACUAUCUCUGAUAUUCAAUGUAAAAGUUAUCACGAUGAUAUAUUGAUAAAUGGAAAGUAAAGAAUUAAUAAACGAAUAAAAAAUA